AUGAUAACAUCAGAAUCGAUCCAAACAACUGAAGCAAACGACAUAUUCGAUCCACUCUAUCAGAUACAGAUACCAGAAAAGGAAUUGAACAAUCUGUUUUCACCCUCGCUUUCCCCUGAACAACGAGUAAAUGACUUCCAAGCUGUUACCAAGCGUAUUACCCACUGGCUAGAGACGGCUCAUAUGAUUGCCUUUAGCAUUGAACAGAGCGUCAAACGAGGCGACAUGGAGUCCUAUUCAGUCGAGCCUCUGCAACUUGCUUGCAAUAAGAUGCAUCCAUUGAUUCCGCUGCUGACGGAAUGCAUAGACGAACAAGACGAACUGGAGCACUACAGAUUACCAGUAACCAAGAUUCAGUCGGAAUGGUCUGGCCUGCAACAUUUUAUAUCAUUCGUUAAAACUUUGAUUGAAGGAGCCAACGAGAAGCACAUGUUGAGGACUAUGAUGGAGGAUAUUUUGAUACAAGUGGAUGAUUUGUCCAUGAUGAUCUUCCAGUUUCAAGAGAAACGACACUCUGAUCCUGAAAAGAAAGAAGACAGCAUCUUGCUGGACAUUGACAAUCGCGUAGGACCUUUAUUCACCAAUGUGGAGAAAGUGUACACCAGAAUGACGUCUUCCAACCCACCUGAGGACACCACGGGACUCUUGACUCGCAAACACUUACUGGUUCAGGAACGCUGGGAGUCGUUGCGCAUUGAGAUUGAUGAACUCAAGAUUGAACUCAAAGAAGAUCGUUGGCUUGUAGUGUUUCGGCAGGUGGCUGACCAGGUGGAUGAUAUGAUGAAUGGACUCGACAAAACAGUUACGCAGUGUUACACGAUGAUACAACAGAUUAAAGACGGCCACGGCAUAGUGACAAGCUCGUCCUCCACCACAUCCUCCUCUUCCUCGAAUCAUACAUCCAGCACCACCAGCACCACCACAGAUGCUCGCACGAAACUUCGCUCGGUCGAAAAGAAUUUUGAAGCAAAAUACAAGUACUAUACGCCUAGUAUCACCAAAAUGUUACUGAUGCUAGGCAACGGCAUUGCGGCACGUGUAUCCCGAAACGUUGCAACUCUACAACGUCAUGAGGCCAUGCUGGCAAGAUGGAAUACACUCAAAUCAACAAUGGAUCAGCUACGUAAAAGAGAUUUGCCUGAUAUAGUUGUGGUUGAACCCACGUUGUCGGAUAAUACUCAUUGUUGGUCACGACUUAGUGAUCGUAGUGAUAGUACAACAGGCAGCAGCAAUUGGAAAGAUUUAAUUUCAAGUGCAACAGGGGGAGCCGCAACACCAACCUCUACUUCAAGAUUCUUACAUAAUAAGCCAUCAUCGCCAUCACUUCAUUUCGAAGACGACAGAUCAAAGAGCCCGUUCAAAUUCAACCAUCACAGCCCAAGUCCAUUGUUUAUGGAGGAGAAAGUAAGGCAAUAUAGAGGUACUUCACCCAACGGCAAGCGAACAACAAGCCCUUCGUUUUACGCUCGUGAGAGUUUCAAUUCAGUUGGCAGUGCCCUGAGACCCCAAUCUAUCAGUCCAUCUCACAGCAGAGAAGACGAUAUGAUAUCAACAAAAGAUUUUAGGUCCCAAAACAAUAACAGCAGACAACAAACAACCAACAUCAAUACCACUAGUAGAAGCAUCACGCCGAGCAUACGUCGCAGCGGCACUCCCUCCAUGAUACCAAGGCCCAAAACACCUACAUCCAAUGCAUUGAGACCGAGAUCUAGUAUGGCUCGUAUCACAAAUAUGGCUAGAUCAGAAUCCCCCUUCAGAUCAUCUACUAGCAGCACUGCACUGCAUACCACUACCAGCACAGCGACAGCUUAUAGGCCCGAUCCCAAAGAUCCAUUGGAUAAAGAAGUCGCCCUGAUUGUGAACCGUAGCCCCAUUCCUAUCCAAUGCUCCAAAAAAGCAGGUACUGCCGAUGGACGAUAUUAUUUUGGUAAUGAAUUAACACCAUCGCUGGGAGGUGGUAAAAAGAUUUAUACUUGUAAAUUGAUGACUUAUGAAAAUAGCGGACGAAACAAAGUAUUGAUUCGUGUUGGUGGUGGAUGGCAAGAUUUAGAAAUCUUUCUGCUUGAACACAUGAACCUGAUUGGAUAA